CGAUCGCAGCGUACGCAACGCGCUUCUAUCUUGCGAAAGACGAAGGGUGCGAAAGAGGCGCGUAGCGUCCUGCUGAAUUAAUCCGGUCGAUCGCAAGUGUGAUAGCGAAGGUGUCGAGGCUAUGGCUAAAGCCGUGACGCGCAAACUACACGAUUAAUUUAUAAAAACGUAAUAAAUAAUAACGGAAGAUAUAAUAGCGGACAGAUGAUGCGUAAUUAUUUGAAAAAACGCACGGGAAGUGGAAGAAUAUGUUCUUACGAUUGAGAAAGAGUGGACAGCGAGAUAAAGAAAAGUGUUACGUAUGAUUUCACUCGAAGAGUAAAGGAAAAGGAAAAGAAGCCGUCGAAAGAGAAUCUCCUGAACAUCGCAGAUCUGCAUCGCUGCACCUGCCAGAGGUAAAAGAAAGCGGGAGAAUGCCGGCGGAAUCGUCGAUCUAUUGGAGCUCGGUCGACUCCCGAAGAUCGACCUCCGGCAGUUCCGGAAGCGGUGGCGGUCGGCAUUACGUGGACCCGUGGGACCUGGAGAACUAUGCUUACCUACGUCGGCACAGCGUCGCCGACGUGCCACGCCGUACGCGACGUCCUCCCACGCAUGAGCGUUCCCUCCGCGAUGCACCGCGAGCGCGCUCGGAAUAUUGGUACGCGUCCUCGCUGAGACAGCCUGAGUACGAUGGUUCCCCGCCGUACGCGCAGGAAUUAUACCGCGGACCAGUUAGACCAACAAACAAUGGGUGCUAUUAUCAGCAAGCUAUCUACGAGGACGAGGGAAUGGAUUACGCCGCACCGCUUCCGGUCUACGCACCCGUGCUCGAAAUUUCUAGAUUUCCGCCGCAAGAAGAAAGAAAUUUGUCGCAAGCGAUCUACGACGACAGAUAUGUGAUAGAGGCGAUGCCACCGCCGCAUAUUGAUCUGAACACAUACGGUCACCUGAGGAUUGACUACACGAAUAGCUGGAACUCGCUCAAUCGCCGAAUUAGCAAAUAGAAAACCGGGUUCAUAAAUCAGAGACGAAUUUUGGUGCGCAAUGUUUUCGUAAAUUCAACGUAUGUCGAUAUUGCUGAAAAAGAUAUUAUUUAUGAUGAAAUACGUUAUACAAAUAAUUCUGUUAUAUAUUCUCACUAAGACUUCAGCUACUUCAAACUUGGAAGAAAAAUAU